CUGGCACCGUUGAAACCGAGGGUAGAAUCCAAGACAGCGUUGAUUAAAAGAAGUAAAGAACAGAGAGAGAGAGAGAGAGAGAUGAGGGUGUUUCCGAGGUUGAGAUCUCUAUCAAGAGCAGUGCACCAAGAACAAGUAGAACAAGAGAAGGAGAGAAACAAUAAUGAUGAGUACCCUGUAAUCAAAAUCCAAGAAGAAGGAACAUUAAAGAGCACGUGCUUAACAGUAUGGAGAAAAUCUCUUGUCAUGAAUUGCAAGGGUUUCACAGUCAUCGAUUCCCACGGAAAUCUUGUCUAUAGGGUCGACAAUUACAUCCACAACCCCAACGAGGUUGUUCUCAUGGAUGCUUCUGGAAACUCUGUUCUCACCAUGUGCCGCCGCAGCAAGAAGCUUGGGUUCGGACAUAGUUGGUAUGUGUAUGAAGGGGAAGGUAGGGAGAGUCCAAUUUGCUGUGUAAAGAAGCAUGUGAGUAUUUUACAGGGAAACCCCAAGGUUCAAGCCUACGUGUACCGGCGGCAUAAGCCAUGUGUGGCGGCGUUUACGGUGGAAGGUUCGUACGCGCAACGGACGUGUAAGGUGUUGGACGAGUGUGGAAGCGAGGUGGCUCAGAUCAAGAGGAAGGAAGCGAAUACGAAGAACGUUAACGUGUCGUUUGGGAUGGACAUUUUUCAGUUGCUUGUGCAUCCUGGCUUUGAUCCUGCUUUCGCCAUGGCACUUGUCUUGCUUCUCGAUCAAAUGUUUUCUUAGCACUGUUUCCUCGUCCCCUUUUUUUUGUUCUACUUCUUGUACUUGAGGAAAUCCAUUUUCAAAAAUAAGAUGAAAUACAAAAACUAUCCAUUAUUGAA